AUGUUAUUACAGAUUAAUUAUAGCGUACGAAGCAAAAGAAGAAAUUUCAGUAUAGAAGUUGGCGCAUGUACAUUUUACAUUGAUCCUCUCGAAAUGUCAAGGAAAUCAGAGUAUUUUGAGCUUCUCACCACCAGUAAGCAUUUUGUGGAAGGAAUUAGUGGGAAAGGUUGCUUGCAUGAUGAACGUGAUGAUAUUAAACACAUGCUUCAAUCUACGUGUCCCACAGUGUACGGGAUUUGUCCACGUAUGGUCCGAGUACAGAAAAUUCCAAGUCUUGCUCGUCUAGCAGACAAAUAUGAUAUAAAAACUUUACAAAUAAGUUGUGAACUAUCCGCUCAUAGAACUGACCUCCGCAAACAUUGCAAUAGCUUACUAGUAAAGUUGCUGCAAACAGCGAUGACAUACAAAUAUGACAAAAAACUUCAAGAAAGUUUAAUGACAGAAUUGCUGAAUCGCGCGUACUUCUCCAAUAAUUAUACAACGGACAAAAUAAACAACAAAAUGACCAAAGAAAUUUUUGCAAUUAUUUUAAAUUGUAAUACAAAACAUCGUGGAAGAGCAAUCAGUGAAGGAUUAUGCCACAAAUGUGGCAAGCAAAAAACAGCUGUGAUAUCAAAUACUAAUGGUGAUAAUUUGUGGAAAUGUGAUUGGUGUGAAACAGUAUUCUGCUUGGAAUGCAAAUACAUGCCAUGCUUAGAACAUGUCAAAGAGCUUUUUCAAGUAGCAUUCGAGAAGUUCGAAAUGGAAGAGAGGAUAGAAAAUGCUAAAAAAUACAUGACCCAACAAUUUUCAAACAUUCAUACAACUUAUUAA